GUGCAGUACGUCUCUCUCUCUGCCCAGUUAACAGCCUGCGAGGAACUUGCACCGGAGAAGCAGUCAGAGAUCCUGGGAGUGAUCAUCGGGGAAUGUCGUUUUCUUUAAACUUUGGAUGACCUCAAUCUUAUUGGGGAAGGGGCGGGGAUGCGAUAGCAAUUUGAGUGCAUUGCCCGCCCACCCCAUUUCAAAUUGGAUGGGGGGUGGUUUGUGUGUGAGGGGGUGCUCUGUGCGUUGUUAAUGUAUGUUUGUGGUGAUGGUCGUCGAUAGUUCACGAUGGCAAGUAUUCACACUUUGCUUUCUGUCUCUCUCUGUCUUGUCGAAGGUGAGCAGCCGCGGGUGGGAGUGAGCGCCGGGAGCCCCGCCGAGAUGUCCGUGUGGCUCACGCGGGCCGUCGCCUUGGCUUCGUUGGUGGGCGGCUGGUGGUGGCGGCUGGAGGCGGUGGCCGGUGGAGCCGCCCCGGAGAGCUACGGCGAGGCGUGCGAGAGCCUGUGCUCCUGCCAGGAGAAGGACGGCGUGUUGGUGCUGGGCUGCGAAGACAGCCGGAUCGUCAGCGUGCUGCAGCUCAGCCCGCCCCGCUGGCCCGUCUACCACCUGUUCCUCAGCGGCAACCUGCUGAGCCGCCUGCAGGCCGACGAGUUCCUCAACUUCAGCGGCGCCGCCGUGCUCCACCUGGGCGGCAACCGGAUCGAGGAGAUCGAGGCAGGCGCCUUCCGCGGCUUGCACGCCACCCGGCGCCUGCACCUCAACAACAACCGGCUGGAGGGCCUGCGGAGGGACGCCUUCGCCGGCCUGGAGCGCCUCGAGUACCUGCAGCUGGACUACAACUACCUCCGGCGGCUGGAGGGCGACACCCUGGACCGGCUGCCCCGCCUGCAGGUGCUCAUCCUCAACGACAACCUGCUGGCCGGCCUGCCCGCUGACCUCUUCCGCCACGUCCCCCUCACCCACCUGGACCUGAGGGGCAACCGGCUCCGGGCGCUGCCUCACGCCGGCCUCCUGGAGCACCUGGGCGGCCUGGCCGAGCUGCAGCUGGAGGACAACCCCUGGGAGUGCGGCUGCCCGCUGCUGGCGCUCAAGGCCUGGCUGGAGAGCAUCGCGUACACGGCGCUGGUCGGCGAGGUGGUCUGCGAGACCCCGUUCCGCCUGCACGGCCGCGACCUGGGCGAGGUCUCCCGCCAGGAGCUGUGCCCGCGCCGCGGCCCGGCCCCCAUCCCCGCCGCCGCCGCCGCUGGGGUGGGCCUGGACUCGGACUGGAGGCCGCCUCCGCCUGCCCUGAGCACCCGGGGGUACUUCCACAGCAGCAGCCCGGUGCCCCCGCCCACGGCCCAGCACCCCGCCCCCGCCACCUCGUCCCCCUCCAGGUCCCAGGCCAAAGGCACCCGCCUGCCCAAAGCGCCCUCGUCCCGGGUUAGGGUGACCACCUCCCGCAGCCCGUCCCUCAGCAAGGCGGAGGGGGACGGCGAGGAGGGCCAGGGCUACCCAUACGGCCCCAUCUUCGCCUACCAGACCAAGCCGCCGGUGCCCCUGGUGUGCCCCCGGCAGUGCAGCUGCCAGCUGCAGAUCUCCGAGCUCGGCCUCAACGUCAACUGCCAGGAGCGGCGGAUCGAGCGGCUCUCCGAGCUGCAGCCCCGGCCCUACAACCCGCGCAAGCUGUACCUGAGCGGCAACCGGCUGGCGGCGGUGCGCCGCGGCGACUUCGACGAGGCGGCCGGCCUCGAGCUGCUGCACCUGGGCCACAACCGGAUCGCGGCGGUGCAGGACGGCGCGUUCGCCAACCUGACCCAGCUGCGGCGCCUCUACCUGAACGGCAACUGCCUGGAGGCGCUGGGCGCGGGCUCCUUCCGCGGGCUGCGCAGCCUGCGCUACCUCUACCUGGAGUACAACGCGCUGCGGCGGCUCGGGCCCGGCACCCUGUCGCCGGCGCCCGGCCUGCAGCUGCUCUUCCUGCACCACAACCUGCUGAGGGCCCUGCCGCCCCGCCUGUUCGCCGGGCUCAACCUGACCCGGCUCAGCCUGCGGGGCAACCGCUUCGCCUCGCUGCCGGUGGCCGGCCUGCUGGAGCAGCUGGCCUCCCUGAUCCAGAUCGAGCUGGACGAGAACCCCUGGGAGUGCGGCUGCCCGCUGCUGGGCAUGAAGCGCUGGCUGGAGCGCCUGGGCCCCGGCGCCCUGGUGCGCCGCCUGGCCUGCCACUCCCCCAAGCACCUGGCCGGCCACGACCUGGCCUCGCUGCGCGCCGACCUCAUCUGCCCGGACCACUCGGACGAGGUGGCGCUCUCGACGCCGUCGCUGCCGCGGCCCGCCCCGCCGGGGGCGGCCGCUCGGCCCCUCGCCACGGCCGGCGCGGCCACCCCGUUCCCGGCGGACGCGGGCUCGGUGGUGCCCCUGUCGGUGCUGAUCCUCAGCCUGCUGCUGGUCUUCCUGGCGUCGGUGUUCGUGGCGGCCGGCCUCUUCGUGGUGGUGAUGAAGCGGCGCAAGCGGGCGCAGAGCGAGCGCGCCAGCACCAACAACUCGGACGUGAGCUCCUUCAACCUGCAGUACAGCGUCUACAGCCACGGCCCGGCGCCCAAAGCCAAGAGCCCCGCCGGGCACGUCUACGAGUACAUACCCCACCCUCUGGGCCACAUGUGCAAGAACCCCAUCUACAGGUCCCGCGAGGGCAACUCGGUGGACGAUUACAGGGACCUACACGAGCUCAAGGUCACCUACCGAAACCCGGUGGAGGACGAGCGAGAGAACCAGUUGAGGAGCCCCUCGUACAGCAUCAGCACCAUCGAGCCCCACGAGCAGGUCUCCCCAGUUCAAGACGUGGACCAUUUCUACCGUGGCAUCUUAGAGCCGGGCAAACAGUCACCCACUGGCAACAGUGUUGAAUAUAAAUUUAGUAGCCCACCAAACUAUAAUUACUCACCGAACUAUGAAGUUAGACGCCAGUAUUUGCAUCCGGAGAGGAUGAGGGAGACGGUGCUCUACGGGGCACCCGGUAAUGUAUAUGCCGAGCAAAUUAGAAAUGAUUACCUGGAACUGAAAGCAAAGCUUCACAUCGAGCCGGACUACCUCGAAGUUCUCGAAAAACAGACAACGUGCAGUCAGUUCUAAGCCACAGAGUUGUUUAUAUACAGUAUUUAUUUCUAAUUAUCUGAAAUUCGGUUUUAUUUUUUAUUGUUUCCUUUUCAUUUCACAUACUUGUUUGAGGAGAAAGUGUCUGGCCACCAGAUAAUCACCUUGAAAGAUUUCAGCCAGGGGUGUGCACCUCAACUCACGGCACCACUGAAACACUGGAGUUUGCUAGGAUCAGAGGACCCUAAACUGAAGAUUUUCCUCGUGAUAUACUGACAAUAGGCAUAAGUAAACGUAUUGGAUUUCAUUGCCCCAGACGGGAACCUUACAGUCUUUCUUACAUUAACUUGCCCAUCUGGAAGCAGUUUUUUAAAAAAAUAAUAACUUAACUAAAUUAGCAUCACAUUGUCUUAGUAAAUUGCAGUUUCUUCAUGUGUACAACAAGCCAGGUAUUUUAGUUACAAAGUAGACCGAUACCAUACUUUAUAGUCACAUACACAAAAAAAUCACCUGGUAGUUACCUCUCCAACCAAAAUAUUUUGCUUAUUCCUAGAUGACAUCAGAAAUAUCGCAUGUUGUACAAAAAUGCACCAGUUCAUUUUUGCAGUUUUGCAACAUGACUCAACAUACCUGAUGCAGUGGAUCAAAGUGUGUCAUAGGUGAUGUCAGUGCACAAUUUGGAUUUGGUUCUAGCUUCAGCUGUCUUUAUAAUUAGUCAAAAUGGUCCUUCAUUGAACUUCACGAGGCUAGCACAUCCCUAAUUUUAGUAUGAAGCUCUUAUUCUUAAAGUGGAUGUCUUUGUAUGCAUUCUGCACUUUUAAAUUAGAAAGAAACCUGAGGUCUUUAAUAUUCAUCUCAGAAUUGCACAAUUGAGUGUGUGCAGUGGGGCCACGCAGGGCUAUCUGUUGGAUUGUACAAAUCUGUAUGUAAUGUCUGUACCCUUGUAAAAAAAACUGAACGGGGUAGUUAUAUUACACCACCGGGUGUUAAAACUGGCUAUUUGUGUGAUUUUUUUAAAUACCAUAUAUAAUUUAACAAAAAAUAAAUUAUAACAGGCAGUUGAACUUCAAAACAAUGGCAGAUUGCUUUGCAUUGGCUACACAUUAAAGCCAAAUAAAGAGAGAUGACAGUGCAGUGAGAAUCUCUUGUCAGGAAGCAGCAUUUUAAUUGGAUUUACUGUUGUCAUUUUAAAUAUUUGUUGACAUGGAAUUGUAUUUAUUUGUCAAACUGGAUUUCCAAUAUGAGCCAGCAGCAAGCUUAGUAAUCUUAAGUUAAGGGUUAAUGUGAUCUGUCGAUGAAGGAAUUCUAAUUAAAGAAGCAUCCAGAGGUAGACCUGGAAAUUUGACUCUACAGACUGCAUUAGCAUCCCCAGUAGAGGUCUCCACAACAAUCAUCAGCAGUAUUUUAGAUCCAAACCCUUAAAUUGUUAAAUAUGGUAUUUGUACCCCAUCCUCUAAUGCUAUGAUUAACAUAUAUACACGAGAAGGUCAAUAUUAAAUGAGUAAUUUUUUUCACAUUAAUUGGUUCCUAAAUAAAGUCAUUUUUUCACAUGUCAAGGGAUUUAAAAGUGUUCAAAUGGCUAGGCCUU